UAUAGUAUGCCGACGAACUGACAGAUGGGCUCCUUAGUCGACGAACCAAUAGUAUAUGGUCGAGACGAGGAACGGGAGAAGGUGAUCAAGUUGUUGGGAGUUCCAUGCGGGCAGAGUGACAUUGAAAACGACAAUGAAAGUGUAUCUGCCCCUGCUAAGAGAAGAAAGAAAGAAAAUGUGUCUGUUCUAUCCAUUUAUGGCAUCGGAGGGGUCGGCAAGACUACUCUAGCACAGGUUGUCUACAAUGAUGAGAGGGUGGUGAAGCACUUUGACCUGAAAAUUUGGGUCUGUGUUUCUGACAACUUCGAUGUGAACAGCUUAAGUAAAGAGAUCAUAGAUAACGCUGGGAAGGGGUACGAGGCUGAUCGUAUGAAUUUAAGUUCUCUUCAAGCGACUCUAAAGGAGAUAGUGAUGGCACAUCGCUUCUUGCUUGUCCUUGAUGAUGUGUGGAAUGAGAAUAGUAGGGAGUGGCAAAAAUUUUAUGCGCCUUUGAGCCAUGGGCAAGUAGGAAGUAUGAUCCUGGUGACGACUCGGACUUUGAAGGUUGCCAACAUAGCAGGAACAAUGGACCCCAUCUUCCUGGAGGGUUUAUCAGGUGAUGUUUAUUGGGAUUUCUUCAAGUCAUGCGCAUUUCGCUGUGAGAACCCUGAAGACUAUCCGGGGUUAGAAAAAAUAGGAAUAGACAUUGCUGCUAAGUUGAAGGGAUCUCCGUUAGCUGCAAAAACUUUAGGAGGCCUGUUGAAUGAGGACAUGGAUGCCGGACAUUGGACUACGAUCUUGAACAGUGAAUUAUGGGAACUACCGCAGAAGGAAGGCGACAUUCUUCCAGCCCUUCGAUUGAGCUAUCUGUAUCUUCUGCCGCAUCUGAAGCGAUGCUUCUCGUUUUGUUCGAUAUUCCCAAAAGAUUAUGAGUUCAAUAAAAGUGAUCUAACUAGUAUUUGGGUAGCAGAAGGCUUUGUUAUACCUCAAGGAAACAUGCUACUAGAAGAUAUAGCGACCAUGUACUUGCGCGACUUAACAAGCAGGUGCUUCCUUCAGCAAUCUCAUAGGGAUCCUCUAAACUAUGUAAUGCAUGAUUUGAUACACGAUCUAGCGCAAUUUGUUUCGGUAGACGAAUGUUCAAGGAUAGAUAAAGGUAGAGGACAAAUAAGAAUCCCUAAAACUGUUCGACAUUUGUCGGUAUGCUGUACGAGUAUAGAAGAAAAGAAGUUAAUGGAGUUAGCGAGCUACGACAAACUGCGCUCGAUUAUAAUACUUUCUAAAUUUCGGCGUGGAUUAGAUUCUAUAAUUGAUUGCUGGUUCCGCAGGCUCGCAAAUAUCCGUUGUUUAAAACUUAGCUUCUGUAAGAUAACAAAGCUUCCUGAGAGUAUUAGCAACUUAAAGCAUCUCCGAUACCUUGAUGUAUCUGGUACAAGUAUCAGAACGUUACCCACGUCACUGUGUCACCUCAAUAAUCUGCAAGUGUUGAACGUAAUGAAGUGCCCGCUUGAGUGUUUUCCUCAAGGAUUUACUGGAUUGCAUAACUUGCGGAAACUUUACCCUAUAGAAACAGCAGUUUCCAAGAUAAGUGAGAUAGGGAAGCUAACUUCUCUUCAAUAUUUGCCUCAGUUUGAAGUCCGAAAGGAUGAUCAACACAAAAUUGGAGAACUAAAGCAUAUGACACAGCUUCAUGGAUGCUUGCAUAUUAAGAAGCUUGAAAAUGUAGAGAGCAAGGAAGAUGCUUGUGAAGCUGAGCUGGACAAUAAGCCGUACCUUGAUGAACUGAUUUUAGAAUGGUCUCGGGGAACAAGCAAUUCUCACCAUGAUAUAGAGGUGCUUGAAGGCCUUCAGCCACGUCAAAAGCUUAAACAGCUGGAAAUCAGACACUAUGGUGGCACGACAUCUCCCAGUUGGCUACGACCUCAAACAUUAACCUGCUUAAGUAAACUCCACAUUGAAGAAUGCAGCAAACUUACCGAAUUACCGUGCCUCCCUCCUUCCCUUAUGUCACUGGUGCUAGUAAAUGUGGGCCUGAAUUCACUUCCUAGAUUGUGGGAUGAAUGCCAAGAUUCAACCAACGAAAGCAAAACUCAGCGAGGUGGUGACAAUAGCAGCAACAGGAGUUCUUCGCUACGUAAGUUACACAUUAAGCGAUGCUUCAACCUGACGAGUCUUGAAGGGUGGCUGAUGCCACACUACUUACCAUCCCUUGAGGAAUUCAGAGUCGAAAAGUGUAAAAAUUUGACUUUGCUUCCUCCUGACAGCUUCAAGGAUUUUGUUUCUUUGAAGUCAAUGGCAAUAGACGUUUGUCCUAAGCUCACCUGCCGUACAGUACUGAUCUUACCCCCCUCAAUUGAAUUGGUUGUUCUCGAUGACUGUGGUAAUCUGGAUCAGUCACUUCCUCGCUGCCUACAGAACCUUAAAUCUCUCAUCAAUUUAACAAUAAUUCGAUGUCCACACGUAGCAUCCCUGCCGGAGCAAGUGAUGUGUCAACUCAAAUCACUUGAGAAGCUGUUUAUUUGGCGUUGUGAAGAGCUUAGUUCUUUAGGAGGAUUAGGUGUUCUUGCAUCUCUCAAAUAUAUCAGAAUUCGCAACUGUCCCAAACUUGCAGAUUCUGAGCCACCGAUGUUUGACUUCACCGAUGAAAUACAGAGGGCGGAGAUCGGUUUGCGCAUUGAUAGGACGACCCUUCUGAAGCUGCAAUCUUUAAGGAAUCUGGUACCCUUCAUCAGAGAACUCGAAAUUUGGAGUCCUGAUGAACCAGAAAUGUUUGUUGGAGAGGACAGAGAACUGUUGCUGUUGUUUAAGUCACUUAAACAUCUACAGUUUUCAUUUUGUAAAGAACUUAAUUCGCUACCAACUGAGUUGCAUAGAUUGACUUCGCUUCAAAAGCUAUCCAUCCACUACUGCUCUAAGAUCCACUUCUUGCCAGAGAAUGGCCUACCAGCCUCAUUGACGAAGUUAGACUUCCACGGUUGCAAUAAAGGAGUUUACGCUACAGCUGGAGAUGUAUAAAUCGCUGAAGAACCUUUAACUGUCUAUAUUUUCAUGGCUUUUCAACAGGUGGCUAAGAGCUUGAUGGUUGAUAUCCGGGAUCCUAAGUUCAAAACAUAUUUGCUUCACAUGUGACCUCCUCGGCUAGAAGCCACUUUGAAAUGGCUAUCGCAACUCUAUUAAUUUUGAUUAACAUCCUUAAGUUUUGAUUUUUUUUUUUUUUUUUUAAGAAUUACACCUAAUCAUCCACAUAAGCACCAACCUUAUCUAGAUAUCCAAUUAUUCCUAAAUCUCAUAUAAAUAUCUUACACACCUCGUAUGAAGGAUACUUUGAUGGUCAAAAUUGGUGUUGGUGAAAUAUUUCUCAUGUGAGAAAUGUGAGUUUGUUGAUAUCAAAUUCCCUAACACAACUUAUACAGGACUAAAAUGGUUGUUCUUUUUCUUUCUUUUGUCAAAUAAAAGGAAAGCCUAUAAGGUUUCAGGAUUCCUAAAGCGACCAGCGAAGGAAGGUACCUGAGGAAGCAGAGGAAGAAGAUGAUGAUGAUGAGGAGAGAGUCGAGUGACCGGCCAUUUUGGGGGAUCCACAAGCUUGAUUUCAACCAACAACCAUUCUUGAUUAAUAAUUGGGAGUCCAAUUCGCGAAAGUUAUUUUGCUGGGUAUUAUCAUACUACGAUCAGAAAUGUUUCUACCAAAUUCAAGAUGAUUUUAUAAAGGGUUUUUAUGAUUUUAUUUAAGGCUAAAUUACAGAAAACUUUCAUGACAAUACUCGUUUUUCACUUUUUUCUUUGUCAUUCAAAAAUCUACACUUCGCUCUCUUGAAAAAAUAAAAAAUAUUCAAGGGGUACACCGUGAUAAAAUGAUCAAAAUGUCCCUCAUCUUAUUCGGGUUGGGUGUGGACGGGGAGGUAGCGAGGGUGAGGCGGCAGAAGCGGGCGAGGGCGUGUGCAUGGGCAUGGACAAAGGGGUGGGCGAGGGCGUGUGUAUGGGCAUGGACAAAAGGGUGGGCGAGAGCGAGACGGCACGGCGGAGAUCGGUGAGGAAGGAUAAGAGUUUCAGGAAUAUUUUGGGUAUAAAAAAUAGGAUAUAAGCGGAAUCCUAACGGAAUACUGAUGACGGGGGCAAAGUGAAUAUAUGUGUAGAUUUCUGAAUGAUAGGAGGAAAAAUAAAAAAAAUGGGUAUUGACAGAAGAUUUUUUGUAAUUUAGUCUUUAUUUAAACGUCUUUUAUAGAUCUAUCAGAAUACAAUAUGGUGAGAUAUUUUAUGAUUUGUAUGAUUUGAUGAGUCGAAAAGUAAGUUGUAAGUCAUAUACUUGUAGGGCGAGGAUCCAUCAUGAAUUGUAAUUUAUACUCUCUCUUUUUUUUCGUUUUGAAGUAAAAAAUGUAUAGUGUUGAAGUUCUUGUAGCA